UUGAUACAUUUUCUAACUAUAACAAUUAUGAAUAUAUAAUUAUUUAGCUUACAUAUUAUUUAAACGAAAAGAAAUGAUUUUUGAUUAUUUGAAUAAGUUUCAUUUCGAUGAUUGCGUAAAUAUUUUAUCAGAAAAAGAUACCUUAGGUUAUUAUAGUAUUAAGAUCGAUUUUCUAAAACUCUUCGAAACUUAUCCCGAUGUCGGUGAUAAGGUAUUAUGCAGUCCAAUAGAGAGUUUAUCAGCUUGUAGACAAGACAUAAUUAAGGCACAACAGAACGUACUUGACGGCGAAGAAUGUAAAACGAUAAUCGCUAAAUUAAAUCACAGUUCUUUAAAAAGAAAUGUACACGCUAGAUUUUUUGGGUUACCUGUUUGUCCCGAGCUACACAGGACAUUCUUCCCCAAAAGUGUGGACUUGGGAUGUUUUCUAAAAGUGACUGGAACAGUGGUGAGGGUAACUCAAUCUAAAAUGCUCGAAUAUCAAAGGAAAUAUAUUUGCAUGAAGUGCAAAUUUGAAAAUAAUGUGGCAGCUGAGUUUGAGUAUAGAUACAUAUUAAAAUCUCCAUUAAAAUGUGGCAAUUCAGACUCAGGAUGCAAAUGUGCUACAUUUACACAAGUUCAUUUAGUGUCAAGAGAGCAUUGUAAGGAUUAUCAGGAAAUUAAAAUACAGGAACAAGUUAAUAAGCUUAAUGUAGGAACAAUUCCUGGUUCUAUGUGGGUUGUUUUAGAAGAUGACCUUGUUGAUUGUUGUAAACCAGGCGAUGAUGUUAAUAUAUGUGGUAUAGUUCGACGCCGAUGGAGACCAACAGUCCAAACAAAGAAAGCUGAAGUGGAAUUGGUUCUCCAAGCUAACUUUAUUGAAGUAUGUAACUCACGGAGAUCUGAGGUGGUUGCUACUGCGCCUGAUAUUAAGGAGUGCUUCAAUGAGUUUUGGUCUAAGUAUGAAGCAUGCCCUUUAAAAGGUCGCGAUCAAAUUUUAGCAUCAGUGUGUCCACAGGUGUAUGGACUACAUUUGGUUAAACUUGCAGUACUGCUCACAGUGAUCACUGGCUCAAAUCAUGUUAUUGAGUGUGCAGAAGAGAAGAAAAUAUCACAAGAUGAGAAACACAGUACAAGAGUUCGGGGACAAUGUCAUUUGUUAUUAGUUGGGGAUCCAGGUACUGGCAAGUCACAGCUGCUUCGUACGAGUGCGGAGCUGAUGGCACGGUCGGUGUUCACAUCCGGUGCUGGCAGCACUCGCGCAGGUCUCACCUGUGCUGCCCUCAGGGAAGAUGGCGAGUGGCAGUUGGAAGCUGGUGCAUUGGUGUUGUCUGACGGCGGCGUUUGCUGUAUUGACGAGAUAUCUCAGCUUCGGGAACAUGAUCGUACCGCUAUACACGAGGCCAUGGAACAACAGACUAUAUCAAUCGCGAAGGCUGGUAUAGUGUGUAAGCUGAAUACGCGAUGCGCUGUCAUAGCUGCUUGCAAUCCAAAAGGCCAUUAUCAAACUGACCAACCACUCAGUGCCAACGUGUCUUUAGGAACUCCUCUACUAAGUAGGUUCGAUUUAAUAUUUAUAUUAUUGGAUUCUAAAAACAAAUCAUGGGACAAGUUGGUGUCGUCAUAUAUAUUAUUUGGUGGUUCUAGUGCGCUAGAUAAAAAACGAUGGAAUAUAGAAAAGUUGCAGAUGUAUAUAAGUUUAGUGGGGCCAAAAUACGCAGAAAUGACAAAAUCAGCUAAUAUUAUACUUCAGUCGUAUUACAUGCUGCAACGAAAAUCAGAAUACAGGGAUCCAUCUCGUACAACUGUUAGAAUGCUUGAUAGUCUUGUCAGAUUAUCUCAAGCUCAUUGUCGUCUCAUGUUUCGUUCAACUAUACUGCCUAUGGACGCAAUCACGGCUGUAUCGCUCGUCGACUUGUCUAUGCAGGACUGCACUUUGAAUGACACAGUAGAUGCAUUGCAUACAACAAUACCGAAGUAUUCGGAUUAUGAAUAUCUGUGCAUAGCAAAGAAGCUCCUUACUAGGCUUAACUUACUAGAUAUAUGGAGAAAUGAAUUGUUAUAUUAUGGAAAUUUGCUACAAGUAGACCACAAAACCUUAGAACAAGAUAUAACAAAUGGCAAUUGUCAAUUAUUUGCUAGAUAUGAUGAUGUUACCGAUGAAACAAUACCUAUUUCAGCAUCUCUCGUUACAAGCUCAUAUUUUAAUAAAGAUAAUAGAAAACAAGUUUCUGAAAAUAAUGAUAGAGAAAAUGAAUGUAAUAACUUUCAAAAUAGGGAUUGUAAUGAAAAAUUAGCGGCUACAUUAAAAAAGCAUGCAACAAUGAAUAAAAUUGAAAAAAAGCCACCAAUAGUACAAAAGAAAAAACGCAAACGAAAGGAAGUAACAUUAAAUGUCAGUUUAAAAAAUAAUAAAUCAAAAAGAAUAAAAAGUAGUAAACUGUUUAGUGAAUCUGAAAAUAUUUCGGAUAGUGAGAAAGAAGAUACAAGUAUUUUAUUGAAUGCAGUUCCAAGUGUGAAUGAUGUAUUUAAAGAUCUGGAAAUUGAUUUGAAAUUUGAAGUUAAUGAUUGUGAAGAAACCGAUGAUAAUAUUAUUUCGUGUAAAAAUCAAUCAAAGAAGUUAAUGUAUGAAAAAGACAAUGGCAAUAUAGAAAUAAACGAAAAUAACGAGAAUAAUUCCGAGUCUGAAAGAGUUGAUGAUAGCAUAAAUAAUAAAUCAAGGUUAAAAGAAAACAUUGAUUCUGAAAACUUACCUAAACUAAAUAAGUUUGAUAAACAGACUUCUGCAGAGUCUAAUAUAAACAAAGCCUCAAGUAUUUCGAACAAGUUAAAACAAUUUCAGUUUACUGAGAAACAUGACAUUAACAAAUAUUAUAAAGAGAACACUGAACCUAAGGUAAAGGUAGAAAAAAUUGAUGAAAGUAUCUCAAAUUUAUCAUCAGGACAGAAGAUUUUAAAUUCACAAAUAUCUAUGUUUGAGAGUUCUGAUUGUGAUGUUGAUUUAGACAUUUAGGUGUCAAUGGUUAAUCAUGUAUUUAAAGUGAUAUAUAUUAUUAUUAAAAUAAAUAAAUGAAACAUU